AUGUCUCUCUCUGGGGCUUCCCUUUAUGACGGGACUGUGCCACUCUCUGUCGGCAUCCGAAGACAUAAUCAUGAAUUAAACACAAAGGUAAUGGUGCUGGUGAAGAACACAGAAAACGUUGACUUUGUCCAGACAGACAAACCGAUGUACAAGCCAGGACAGACAGUCAAAUUUCGGGUUAUCUCUAUGGAUAAAAAUCUACGCCCCCUGAAUACAUUGUUUCCUCUGGCUUACAUUGAGGAUCCAAAGAUGAACCGAAUUAUGCAGUGGCGGGAUAUCAACACAGAGAACGGGUUCAAGCAACUGUCUUUCAGGCUGUCAUCAGAGCCCAUCCAGGGCUCCUACAAGAUAGUGAUACUAAACCAAUCAGGAGUGAAGAAACAGCACCCCUUCACCGUGGAGGAAUUUGUGGUUCCCAAAUUUGAAGUUCGUGUCAAGGUCCCAAAGGCCAUCUCUGUAAAUGGUGAAAAACUGAAUGUGACUGUGUGUGGCAUGCUAGAGAACACAGGCUGCAUCACACAAGAAGAAAACAUUAGUAUGUUCCAACUAAAGGAAAGAUAUUUUCGAGCCCAGAAUUUUCAUGUGAAUGCAAAGGUUAUUGAAGAAGGGACAGGAUUGGAGUUCAGCGGAUCUGGAACAACAAAAGUUGAAAAAACCAUAAGCAAACUCAUAUUUGUGAAACCAGAGUCACACUUUAGACAUGGGAUUCCCUUUCUUGUGAAAGUCCGCCUCGAGGAUCUCCAGGGUGCUCCUAUUCCCAAUGAGCAAGUCUUUUUCAAAGUACAAUCUGGCUACUCCCAUGCUACCACCACUGACCAUCAUGGCCUGGCAGAGUUCUCCAUCAACACCACUGGCAUUGAGGGCGAUUCCCUCAAUAUCAAAGUUUACCACAAGGAGGAAUAUUUUUGUUGGAAUUUCCCUUGCAUGGAAGAAGAAUAUGGAGUAGCACACCACGUGGCCUACAGUGUUUAUUCCAUCAGCAAGAGCUAUGUCUACCUUGAGAAGGAAGCCGGCAUCUUGCCCUGCAGUCAGAGUCACACAGUUUGGGCACAUUUUAUUCUGAGAGGGACUGCCUUGAGAGUGCUGAGAGAGCUCAACUUUUACUACCUGGUCAUGGCCCAUGGCAAGAUCAUCCAAACUGGAAGCCACACUCACCACAUGGAGGCACGAGACCCCGGAAACCUUCCUUUAGCUCCAGAGAAAGGGAACUUUACCUUGGAGAUCCCUGUGGAGUUCGGCAUGGCCCCUGUGGCUAAAUUGCUCAUCUAUGCCAUCUUGCCUGAUGGAGAAGUGAUUGCAGAUUCUGCAAAUUUUGACAUUGAAAAGUGUCUUCUCAACAAAGUGGACCUAAGCUUCAAGCCAGCCCAAAGUCUUCCUGCCUCACAGGCCCAUCUGCGUGUCACAGCUUCUCCUCAGUCCCUCUGUGGCCUGAGAGCAGUGGACCAAAGCGUAUUGCUCCUGAAGCCUGAAGCUGAGCUCUCUCUUUCCUGGAUAUACAACCUGCCAGAAAUGCAGGACAAGGACCCUAUACCAAGUUUCCACCAGCUGCCCAAAGACCAAGUCUUUUGUGUCUGGCCUGGAGAUAAGGCCCUUGUGGGUGUCACACAUUCAGUAAGAAAAGCAAAUGAGAAGGACGUCUAUGAAUACCUGGACGACAUGGGUUUAAUGGCAUUAACCAACUUGAAGAUCAAACAUCCCAAAUUAUGUCUUGGCUAUCAUGGUACGGUAGUAGAAGGGCACAUGUACUUAGCUUUAUAUAGGAGUUCAGGAAGACCUGUACCUGCACACUUUGGAGCAAGAACAUCUCCAUCACAUGAGAAGACACAGCUUGAAGAUUCAGUUGCUGAGACUAUUCGAAAAUAUUUUCCUGAAACCUGGAUCUGGGAUUUAGUCACAGUAGACUCCUCAGGAGUAGCUGACAUGGAAGUGACGGUCCCUGACACCAUCACUGAGUGGAAGGCCGGAGCCCUCUGCCUGUCCAACGACACUGGGCUUGGCCUCUCCCCUGUGGUAUCUCUCCAAGCCUUCCAGCCCUUCUUCGUGGAGCUCACGAUGCCCUACUCUGUGAUCCGUGGAGAAGCCUUCACGCUCAAGGCCACUGUGCAGAGCUACAUUCCUUCGUGCAUCCGGGUGAGUGUGGAGCUGGAGGCCUCUCCUGACUUCACAGCUGUCCCAGUGGCAAAAGACCAAGAUUCUUACUGCCUCUGUGCCAAUGGGAGGCACACAGAAUCCUGGUUGGUAACUCCCAAAUCUUUAGGGAAUGUGAAUUUCUCUGUGACUGCAGAAGCAGGACAGUCCCCAGAGGCCUGUGGCUCUGAUGUGCCCACAGUGCCUGAAACGGGGAAAAGGGACACGGUUGUGAAAGUCCUCAUAGUCGAGCCUGAAGGAAUUAAGAAGGAGCACUCCUUCAGUUCACUCUUCUGUGCAUCAGAUGCUGUGCUAUCAGAAAACUUGUCCCUGGUGAUCCCACCGACAGUGGUGACCGAUUCAGCCAGAGCCCAUUUCUCUGUGUUGGGUGAUAUCUUAGGUUCAGCCAUAAAAAACAUACAAAACCUUCUCCACAUGCCCUAUGGCUCUGGGGAGCAGAACAUGAUCCUCUUUGCUCCUAAUAUCUACGUACUGAAAUACCUGAAUGAAACCCAGCAGCUGACCCAGAAGAUCAAAUCCAAGGCCAUUGACUACCUCAUUGCUGGUUAUCAGACAGAGCUGAACUACAAACACAAGGAUGGCUCUUACAGCAUCUACGGGGAUAAAGACCAACGUGAAGGAAACACUUGGCUCACAGCCUUUGUGCUCAAGUCUUUUGCCCAAGCUCGAGAGUUCAUCUUUAUUGAUGAGAAGCACAUCACUGAUGCCUUCAAGUGGCUCUCCCAGCAGCAGCAGGACCACGGCUGCUUCAGGUGGUCUGGAUGGCUGUUCAACAAGGUCAUAAAGGGAGGAGUAGAAGAAGGAGUGACCCUCACUGCCUAUAUAACCAUCGCUCUCUUGGAGAGUUCCCUCCCAGACGCACAUCCUGUUGUCUUCAAAGCCCUGACCUGCCUAGAGUCAUCCUGGAAGACAAUAGAGCAAAGGAAAAACUACAACUCUGUGUACACCAAGGCACUGCUGGCCUAUGCUUUUACUCUAGCAGGGAACCAGGAUAAGAGAAAAGAAAUCCUGAAGUCACUGGACAAUGACGCUAUAGAAGAAGGCAACUCCAUCCAUUGGGAAAAUCCUAAGGAACCCACGAGUUCGGAGGAGUCUCUGUAUGAGCUCCGGCUUCCCUCUCCUGUAGUGGAGAUGAAUGCCUAUAUUCUCCUGGCUCUCGUAGCUCCCCAGCCAGCCCCGAGCCCCGAGGACAUGGCUUUGGCAAUGCGCCUUGUGAAGUGGCUCACAAAGCAGCAAAAUUCCUAUGGUGGCUUCUCCACCACACAGGACACCGUGGUGGCUCUCCAUGCUUUGUCCAAGUAUGGAGCACUUACUUUUUCCAGAAGUCAGAAAACGUCUUCGGUGACCAUCCAAUCAUCAGGGACAUUUUCCCACAAGUUCCAAGUGGAGGACAGUAAUCGCCUGUUACUGCAGCAGGUCCCAUUACCAGACAUUCCCGGGGAAUAUAAAAUUCACAUGACAGGAGAAGGAUGUGUGUAUGCUCAGACGACGCUGAGGUACAAUGUGCACCUGGAGAAGCAGCAGUCUGCGUUUGCUCUGCAUGUACAGACAGUACCUCUAACUUGUGAUAACUCCCAAGGCCAAAACAGCUUCCAGAUCCUGCUAGAGAUCAGUUACACAGGGAGCCGCCCAGCCUCCAACAUGGUGAUUGCUGAUGUGAAGAUGGUGUCUGGUUUCAUUCCAUUGAAACCAACAGUGAAGAAGCUUGAGAGAUCAGAGCACGUGAGCAGAACAGAAGUGAGCAACAACAAUGUCUUGUUAUACGUGGAUCAGGUGACCAAUCAGACACUGGCCUUCUCCUUCAUCGUUCAACAAAACAUCCCAGUAAGGAACCUGCAGCCUGCCAUUGUGAAAGUCUAUGACUACUAUGAGACAAAUGAAGUGGCUUUUGCUGAAUACAGCGCCCCCUGCAGCACAGAGAAAGAAAAUGCUUGAAACUUGUAUCUGUGGAGAAGGCAUUGCUGAAAUCCCCAAACCCAGGAACCUUCAAGA